UACGCGUCGAUCACCAGUGUUUGUCUAACCACCAUCCAAGUUGGAUGGCGUGCGCUGCUCUCUAAGACCGUGUGCACUUGACACCAUGUAUGAACGCGGGUGAAACCGCCCUUGCUGACGCCCCUUGCGACUCCCCGGAGGAGGCGCCGAGCGAAGUGAAAGUGAAACGGUAGCGGAAGAAAUGGGCGUCGAGAUGACGUGGUGGUGGGUGACCACGACGGGCGCUUUGUGGAUAUUAGGCAUUUGUUUGGGUCCCAGCCACGGAGCCGCUGCUGACAAAGCCUUACCAAAGUUCGACGACCAGCCCGAAGACAUGACGGUCUUCGAGGGAGAGAGGGCGAGAUUUGCGUGCGCCAUCAACGGCAACCCUCCCUCGUCCAUCACUUGGUUCAAGAACAGUCAUCAUCUGGAACUAGACUCUAGAAUGACACUCCUGCCUUCAGGUGCCUUAGAAAUCGAAAACGUAGCAAAGUCCGACGAGGGCAAAUACUACUGUCAGGCGAGAAGCCUGGACAAGACGAAAGUCUCGAGAGAGGCCAACCUCAAAGUCCAGGAGGCUUACGCUCUGCGUGACCCCCAGCCUCCAGUGUUCAUAGCACGCCCGAAGUCCACCGUCGUCAGGGUCGGGGGGAACACGACCCUAGAUUGCGCGGCCAACGGCUACCCAGAACCCAGCAUUGUGUGGUUGAAGGAUGGAGCUACAAUUGACAUGGCGGACCUGGAUACUCGCUUCUUCUUCCUGGGCACGACCAGGAGUCUGCAGAUCAUAGGGCUGAAGGAGGAAGACGGUGGCACGUACAUGUGCCGGGCGGAAAACAGGGAGGAUUCUGUCGACGCAAUCGCUCACGUGCAAGUACAAGUUCCCCCAAAGUUCCUCCGAAAACCAGUAAAUACCCUUGCGUACGAAAAGGAAGACAUCGAGCUGGAGUGUAAGGUUUACGGCAGCCCAGAGCCAUCUGUCCACUGGCUCAAGAACGGGGAAUUGAUAAUUGAGAGCGAGUAUUUCCAGAUUGUAAGCGGAAACCACCUGAAGAUUCUCGGCCUGGUCGAAGCAGACUCAGGCAUGUACCAGUGUGUUGCCUCCAACACAGCUGGAGACACUCAGGCCUCUGCUCAGUUGAAAAUCCUGAAAACGGGACGCAGCAUGCCGUCUAUGACCGGAGCUACCACCACCACAAGUGUUACACGUACAGGUGUCCCGCACGUAGAAAAAGACCCAGAUUUCGUGCCAAGCGAAGAGACAGAGGCUGGCAGUGGGGGCACUGGUCAGCUGAAUCCAUCUGCCCCUCAGCAUUUGCAGGCAAUCCUUGCCAGUAAUAGGUUCAUUACGCUGUCUUGGCACGAACCAGAAGAGAACAAUGACCAUAUUGUUGGUUACUCUGUGUACUAUAGACAAGAAGGAUCACUUAGGGAACGUGUGCAGAAUGUGAGCGCCAGCUCUUCGAGCGAAGGCUUAGACGUUUACAAGACUCAGAUCAGUCAUCUGAUCCCUGGUAGUAAUUACUUGGUGAGGGUCGUAGCCCAUACUUCUACGGGCUUGGUUGGGAUGUCGAGCCCGGAAGUACCAGUCUCAACUAAGCCUGAUCUAGACUUACCGCCUGCUCCCGAGAGAUUGAGGGUCAUGCCCAUUUCCCCUACGAGUUUAGAGGUCACUUGGGCAGAAUCGCCAGCGGCCAGGACCCCAAUCACUGGGUACAGCAUGUACUACAUGGAGGUUGGUUCAGCAGAAGAACAUGAAGUGGAGGUUACAGGAACCUCGUACACUCUGCAAGGACUGGAGCAGUUCACGGAAUAUAGCGUGUGGUUAGUCGCCAUCAAUGCAAAUGGUGCUGGCGAUGCCACGAACGAAGUUACUGCCCGGACCUUUUCAGACGUGCCAUCCAAAGAGCCGCAGAACGUUGCCGUCGAACCAGCUAGCUCUCGAAGCCUCAUUUUGAGAUGGGAACCGCCUCCAAGAAAGCACCAGAAUGGUGUUAUCACCGGCUACAAAAUCCGAUAUAAAGAGCGAGGGAAACCAAGUUCGGCCAAGACCAAAACCACGGACGGAAAUCGGAGGCUCUUUGCUCUGAACGAGCUGAAGAAAAGCACUGAAUAUAUGAUUAAACUUGCUGCUAUGACUGUCAACGGCACUGGACCUACAACUCACUGGAUCCAGGCAGAAACUUAUGCAAAUGAUUUGGAUGAAAACAGAGUCCCAGACAAACCAACUAAACUCAGAGCCAUGCCACUCACAGAUCAGAUAGUUGUAAGAUGGCAGCCACCAUUUCAACAAGACGUCAUGGUCAGGGGAUACACCAUAGGCUGGGGUCGAGGGAUACCCGAUGUGUACUCGAACAUUGUUGACAGCAAGCAGCGCAGCUACGUCAUUGAAGGAUUGGAUGCCAACGCUGAAUACGUUAUCAGCCUUCGUGCAUUUAACAACAUUGGAAAUGGUCAGCCAGUUUACGAACAGGUGCGAACACAGCUGCCGGAGGAGACUGUGGCUGCAACUCUCACACCACCGGUUGGUUUAAAGGCUGAGGUCCUCACUCCAUUCACUGUGGCCCUGCAGUGGACAGACACCACUCUCAAUCGAAACCAGUAUAUCAGUGACACAAGAUACUACACUGUUCGUUACACUACCUUCGCUUUGGCCUCUUCGUCCAGCCCUCGUUACAAGUACAUCAAUGCCAGUGAUGUCACUGCUCUCAUAGAUAACUUAAAGCCAUCUACAGUGUACGAAUUUGCUGUGAAAACAAUAAAGGGUCAUCGUGAAUCCAAGUGGAGCUUAGUAGCUUCCAACAGAACCUUGGAAGCUCGGCCUUCAUCUCCUCCAAGGGAUGUAACCGUAGUGACGAUAUCAGGGGAGCCAUCUACUACAAUUUUCAACUGGCAGCCUCCUAAACAGAACAAUGGCAAAAUUACAGGAUACCUCAUAUUUUACACAACUGACGCCGCAGGCGACUGGGUAAUGGAGGAAGUCGUGGGCGAUCAGAUGACCUUUACGGUCCACGGACUGACGCCUUCAACUCUGUAUUAUUAUCGCAUGCAGGCGCGGAAUGCCAAAGGGUUUGGCCCUUUCUCUUCCAUUGGGAAUUUCACAACUUUGCCUGCCACAGAAAAAAGCAUAGGAGAACCCCCAGGCUGGUUCGUCGAUCGGAGCAGCAUGAUCGUGUUAGUGGUGGCUGGAAUUGCUGGAACCAUAACGCUUAUAGGUGCAAUGAUAGCCAUCACAAUUUAUUGUCGGAAAGUUAAGCCCCAGCCUCGACCAAGUAACACGGUUGGUACGUCUGGUAAGAGCAGUAAGCCUGAAGUGAAGCCUCCAGAUCUGUGGAUCCAUCACGAUCACCUGGAGUUGAAAAACCUCGACAAGAACGAGAGGAGCAAUUCACCAAAUCACGCGGCGAUCACCAACCACACAGGACCUGAGUACGAACCUGAUGACAAGAACAUGACCUAUACAUCUACCUCCACCCUCGACCGCCGCACUCCUUACCAGUCCACAUAUCUGCGUGAGCCGCAGAGCGAGGAUGAAACAGAUAAGUUGUUGAACCGUCGUUCAUACAAACACAAACCCCUCAUUAUAUCUCUGGAUGUUAAUAGAGAGUUAGUUGGAGGAAGCACUUCGAGCAGUGUGUACAGCGACGGAACCCUGGGCAGGCCGGGAUACUCUCUGCCGCAGUUUUCGGGCACAGGCAGUCAGGGUUACAAUUCCCCUGCAGAAAAUCCAUACAGCCCCAAUCCCACAAGUAGUGGACUGGGGUCUAUCGUAGGUCCUAGCGGCAUGCCACACGAUGGCAUGCCUAUUCCUCCUCAGCCAACCCAGCCAUUAUUAGGAAAUCUUGGAGGGCCUUCCAGCUCUUCACAAUUCAAUUCUAUGAAUAGUGAAGGCAGUAGUACGUUAGGUAAGAGAUCUGGGAAUCCAUUAAGGAGUUUUAGUGUCCCAGCACCUCCACAGUCUGCUCCUACCACACCUCAACCCAAACACAUUGUUGGCAGACAAGGGGGGGGAGUAACGAGCCCUUUUAAGAAGCCUUUGGUUGGAGGAUCUUCGGCCCUUGCGGGAAGCAACGGCGCGGGUGGACCAAGCGGACGGUGGGGGGGUCCAGGGAUGAGAGUUGACUCUUUGCCAGAGCAUGAGGAAGCAAAUGAAUCACUUUUACACGCGUAUUCAACUGAAGAGCUUUCUCAAGAAAUGGCCAACUUGGAAGGCCUGAUGAAGGAUCUGUCAGCAAUCACAGCCAAUCAGUUCAACUGCUGAAAAGUGGAGAGGUUGAAAGCAGCUCAGCCUCUCGCCUCCAGGGUCCUUCGCGAACUUUACAUUUCGUGUAGCAUAUUUUAAGAGUGAGAAUGAUGUGGAGAGAGCGAGAAAGUGUUAAUAUAAUAGUGUCUUUGUGUACAAAACUUUUUAAUUUACGAAAGAGUACGCAGACUUUUUCAAAGGACGCACACGAGCGAAACUCGGCUAGCCCAGAGGGAGGGAUGUUGCAUCGGUGUCGGUUUUUAAUGCCGUGGCGCAAGUAACUCCCUUGCUAGCGUGACUUACGGACUGCUUGUGCACAAAAAAUCCGCCUGAGCGAAAGGUCGACGUUUUCCUUUUCCCACUGUGUCGGAGGCACGGCGAAGCUUUUGUAUAGAAUACUCAUAAUUUUAAUGUAAAUGGCAUUUGACAAGAAUGCUCUCAUUUUAUAUUUAUUUAUUUUUAACUUUUAUUUUAGAUACUUUGAUCUGAAAUGUAAAAGAAAUGUAAGAAGUAGUAAGAAGUAGUCAUGGCACGAACGGUGGAUUCAAGUGAAUCACAGUAGUUACGAGAAGCAGCAAGUGAAGACUAGACAUGGAAAGGAGAAUAACCAAGUUAAGGAUCUUCCAGACCAGAUUUUGUGCAAUUCUCCGCAUCAUUUAAAACUUAAGGGAGUUUUUUGUACGUAUUGCAUUUUAACAAGGCUUUUAUUCCAGAACUUUGACAACAAAAUUUAAACCACAUUGACUGUAAUUGAGGAAGUCCCACGUCUUAGUAACUUAAUGCUGAUACAUAUUGAUCUCUCAGGGAGGAGCCAGUCGAUGAUGUGAAGUAAGUUUACAAGAAGAAUCCAGCACCAAAUUAACCUAACUUUGCGUAGCCUAACGAUGUUAGAACUUCCUUAUCUGAUUCAGGUAUUUUUUUAACUACAUUUUUUUACUUCAUAUCAAUAGGAAAAUGCUAGGCUAUGCAUAUUUAGGUUAGCGAUUAAUUUUGUUUAAGCGCGACUUGUAAAGAUGGAGUGCACUGGUUUUGUUUGCAUGGAAAGUUAACCAGAAAACAAGGAGAGGUACUAUUGUAGUUUGUUUGGGAAGGUUCAUAAUACUGUAUAUGACAUACUAUAUGAUUUCUAUUUAGAUGCCUGUCAAAUGAAUGUCUCGACAUGGUGAAUGCGCAGUGGUUUGUAAGGCCCACAUGUUGACGUUUUGGUUUGCUGUACUGUAAAGUGAAUGAUUCUAUGAUUUUCAUUACAGAACGUUUUGAAAAUCUAAUCUCGGUGAAGUUUGGUUCAGUUUUCCAGAGGCUUAUGGCACUUUUGAGUAAUUUACAAUAAUGUUGAGCUGCAACACAAGUGCAUUUUUGGCGCUUAUGAGCAUCUUACAGCUAAAUUUUACAAUAAGUGGCCAAUGCUAGUGCAGAACUGAAGUCAUCACACAGGUCUUGCCGGCAAGAUGCUGCAAGGUGCCAACAAUAUGCUUGCGUGAAGCCACCUUCAAUUAGAAGAAAAUUAAAACUGGGUUAUUUUUCACUUUCUGUCAAGUGACCAGACAGUUUUGGGAGAGAAAAAAUGUUACUAAAGCACCGUUCACCCAAUUCUUGCAAACUGCACAAGCGCAUGUUUGCAUUUUAGUGGAUGUGCUCUGAAGAAGUGAUAUACCCUACAAACACAGAUUCUAAAUUUAAGAAGCUAACCGGUGUUUAACGAGUUACUCAAAAUGUCCGAAAGUGGUGCAACUUACAAACGUGGCCAAAGCACAUCUGCUUAAGAAGUGAUUUAAAUUUUGCUGUAAAGCUGUAAUGCUUUUCAGUACUUGGAAUAUUGAUUUACAGUCUGUAAAUGCCUCUUCCAUAGAUUUCUAAAAAGGUAACCAGGGAAAUGUUUUUUGACAUUAUGCAAAUAUUCUGUCAAGCAAACUAUAUAUAUUUUUUUGACAACAGAACUUGCUUUAGUGAAGUUGAAUGAGCAUGGCUUCCAUAUAUUAAUUAGUGAUGUCCUCAAAUUGCCUGGAUUCAACUGUAUUUCCUGUAGGAAACCAGUAAUGUUUUGCAUUUAUUUAAAAGUUAAUUUUUUAUGAAUUAUAUUGAGAUCUGGACUAGUCAUUUUUGCAGAUGCAGUGGUGAAUUAUUGUAUGGAAAUCCAGUGUAUGGGUUAAGCGAUUGUGUGGGGCGUCUGUUUUUUUUUUUACGCUGGGAAUGAGAAUGAUGGUUUGUGGACGCCUAAAUCAUCCGAUUAUGUAACGUAGACUUGAUGAUAAGUUGCCAUGCUUGAAGUUGUCGAUAAUACUGUAUGCCGUAGCAGUUCAGGUGUAUGUGCUCAAUUUUAUGAGAGUAUAUGUGAAGUAAUUGGUGACGCAGUUGGGUAGACUUACUUUGUUUAAUGACACUUCAGGGUUUUACUGGUUCAGUUUUAGAUUUCCCACCCAAAAAUGGCUUGUUUUAAUCUCGUCAGUUAUGGAGCCAGUUUUGUUUACUACCGUCUCAUCCGAUUACUACGCAUAUACUCUUGUCUGUGCGCCUGUGUGUGUGUUCAGACUUUAUGUGCAUUUAUUGUAGAAGUAACCUAAGAAAGUUUAUUACCAGAAUUUCCUUCCAGACUAUGAGUUUUUACAUAGUGACAAUAAGACUCCCGAUGGAAGUUGGAAGUCUAGAUUUUUUAAGCUCGGUAUUUUUCAUACCGCUGAUUUGAGGUAAUGCCGUGAAAGCUUUAUCAUUAUUUUUUUUCUCUGAAAUGUUGAAGGUCGCAGGUGUAUGGGUUAGCCUUCUUUAUUUAAAGAUUUCCUUGAGCAGUGUGAAAAAUAUUGUCAGUUUGGUUAUUUUCCAUUGACAUUUUACAAAUCUCUAAGCUUAGACAAAUUGUCUGCAUAAUUUUUAUAUACAAUUUUGUUUUUUAAGAUAAGAGAAAUAUGAUUUACAACCAUUUUAGCAACCCGUGGAGUGUCCAAGAAGUUGGAUUCUCAAAUAAGUCAUGACAUGCAGUUAUCAUUGUAUCAAUUCAGCCAUGUGAAUUGGUCACAUUUGUUCUUGGAGCACCAAAUUUCACACGUUUAAAGUUUUUAAUUACAGUUAAAAUUUUAGAACCAUGGUUUAGGUAAUGUAAGGUCUUUGAAACUUUUGUUUUUUAAAAUAAAUUAUCAAUCUUUAUUAUAAAACAUGAAAAUAUUCAGGAAGCUGUAAAAUUUUUGUUUACUCAAGGGUGACACCGUUUAACCCCAGAAGCGUUAGAAAGUUGUCAGGCAACAGACGUGACCAAUGAUUUCAUGUCAAGCAUAAAAUACAGAAUUCAAAUGUCACAUUCAUUGCAAAAGCCUUGCGAUGAAUAGUACAUUAUAGUUUUUCUCAUAGCCAUUCUCAUGUCAUUGUAUUUCACAUUCAUGUCAUCAUUUGCAUUCUCAACAUUUUCUUUGUUUAUUGUUUUUAUAAUGUGUCUUGAAUUGACAUUUCAGUUUAAUUCAAGAAAUGGGAUUGAGUUACACACAAAAUGGGAAGUAAUGGAUAGUUGUUUUUAAAAAAAAUCCCAUUUAAGAAGUUGAAUUAGUGAGGAGACAAACUUUAAGUUUGCUGUGUAUUCUGAGCAGUUUUUAUUGAAAAAAGUUAAACAAGUGUAUUUUCAAUGUAGACAUUGGUCACAAGCACAGUAGGAAAAAAGACCUACUUGUAAAAGAAAAAGAAAAAAAAAGUUUGCAUUUUACUCAAAUGCUCAAAAGCUAUGAUUUUAAAUAUUUGUAUGAAGAUCAAAUUUAAUACAACUUGCCAUGUAUAUAAAUUUAAUUUACACUAACUUUGUACGUGAUCUUUAGGAUUAAUGACGCUCAUUUUGUACAGUAGUAUUGUGUGAUGUACGGUCAUGGGAUCGAGGAAUUAGUGGCUCAUGUGUACCCUUUUAUGUACUAGUUGCAAAAGUCUGUUCCCCUGGAAUUUCGUUCGGUUCGAUUCUCGUCUUUCUACUUCUCUCGUGUAUAGAUUUCGUAGAUUACGUACGAAAAUGUAACGAAAUUGAUUUCGAUCUAAUUGAUCCUUGUGGAUUCUUUUCUUCAAGUUCAACUAUAGACCAAUUAGUAUUAUGUUCUAUUGAAGCUGCAUUUUGGCAGAUAUUGUGUACAGUACACUGUAAAAUAAUUGAUAGGUAGAUAUACAAUUAAAAUUAUGGUUACAGUACAUAUGGGUGAAGAUAAGUUUUACUCAUAUUUAAUUCACUUGUUGAAUAUUAUGCAAGUUACCAGUCAUAUUUAAUUUUACAUGCAUUGGUUUUGUAGUAGGUUAUAGCCAGUAAAUGGAUUCUGGUAGAUUUUUGUUGAAAUUGCAAAAUCUGAAUUUUUUUUUUUUACCUGUAUAAAAUGGGUUUAUGGCCCUUACCUGCCUCUUCUUGUAAUGUGUAAAGGGAAAACCUAUCCUAUCUUUCUUUAGUUUGGGGCUCGAUGGCUUUCAUUUAGAAUAUAUAUUUCAUUAUGAAUAAUCGGUUUGUAGAAAUUACAGUUUAAGUUUUAGAUUAUGCAUUAAAUGCCUUGUUUGUGUGGACGAACAUCAUUGAAUGAGGAAGGCGGUGGCUAUUGAGACUAGCUUGGCCUUUGUUUGGUCUUACAUUCUCACUCCUCAGUUUGUAGGCUAACCAGACUUCUGAGGUGACAAUCAGGUUCUUGGAGAGCUGCACUAUGGCAGCAAUGUCUCGCAUUCUCACCGGCAGUUAAGUCCUUUAUUUUUCUCCGAUUUAGUGAUGUUUCUCUCGGCUUGAGUACAAAAAUUUUCUGAGGGGCUUUGGUUAACAAUAAGUAUUUGUAAAUCUUUUUGACUGAUUUUUGUCUUGAGCAAUUAUCUAUAGAUUUCUAUUUGUUAAUUUUACAACUUUCCGUACGCCUUGCAUAUAUUUUGUAUGCAAAUUCGCAUUAUAUUUUUAUUUACACGUCCCAGAAUACCUUUCUACAAAGAGUACACAGUUUCAAAUUAACAAUGAAACAUCGUUUAACCCGCAAGCACCCAACAGGGACUCAAGUCAGGGAAGACCAGGCAGUAGACGGCUCUUGUUGCUGAACUCAGACUAAUUGGGAAUUUGUAUAAACUUAAAGCAAGAUAAAUUAUUGUUGUCCUGUAAUUACAAGAAACCCAAAUUAAUUUGAAGUUAUUCCACACUGUCUCUCACUAAACAGGAUUAAAGAUAUAUGGUAGAAGAUUUUUAUAUUUAUGAAACAUUAGUUAUAAUUUUAGCAUUUUGUUUUUGGUAUGAACUAUUUUAUAACCACUGUUUCUCUCGCUAGUCAUUCCUUGUGUUCGUUCUCGUCUUUAAUGAAAGCCAGAAGCCCCGUCUUGAUUGUUUUGUAUAAUUUUUAUAGCGUUCGUGUCCAGUCCUUUAUAGAUACAGUGUAGGCUCAGACUAGCAUUUAUAUAUACCAGGACAUUUAUUUUUAGUACAAAAUAUAGUUAAGCUAUCACAUAAAAUUACUGGUACAAAUUUAAUUUACAGGAUAUUCCAUUAAUUAUAUUUUUCACAGCACGUGACGCAAUUCUUUUCCAGUUUGAUUCCACACAUUAGACAAUAAAAGUUUUAUUGUAAUCAUUAUAUGAUGAACUGGCAGCUCACAACCUAUUUUUUUUUAACUGUUGUAGUUUCAGCCACUAACUCCUCAUGACCACGUUCCUUCCAAGAACUCUCUUGUAAACAUAGUCACUUGAAAUGUUUUCAAUGAAGCGAGAUGUAUUUGGCACCCUUGUGUUUUAUUUUCAUCACACCUUCCUCUUGUGCUCUUGUCUCACCUCGCCCGUGACUCGGGAUCCUUAACUUUUAACGUUUCAAGGUUUCAAAGAUUUGUUGUGAGGACUUCAGUAAGUGAAGUUUGUUUUUCUCGGAUCUGUCCGUCUUACAACCUGAUGUUCCUACUUCGUGCCAUCUUGACGACAGGUAAGACUACAGGGCUUAUCAUUAUCAUAGAGGUUACUUAAAACCACAUACUCUAUAAAAGGAUGCCAAGUUUCUUUAAUGUCUCGAAACAUAUACUAUCUCUUAAUUUCACAGGUCGUCACUCAGUACGUUCCUGUAAGUAAAUUAAAAACACCAGAAAAACACCUUCUUUAGUACUAGAACCAAAUCUGUAUCAGCCAACGUAUGAUUCUUGAUAAAUUGUACAUUGUACUUGCAAAUAUAUAUUUACAAUGAUACAAAGCAACAGGCUCUAAAAAAAUACAAGAUAGAAUCUAUUAAUAUAUGUUUUCGUGAGAGCAUCAGGACUGGCGUCCAGUAAUGUGGAAAAUGUAAGAAACACAAUUGUAACACUCAAAAUCAAAUUCCUUAAUUAAUUGCAUUGAUUAUCACUGCCAAUAGCAGUGCAGUGUAUUCCUUAGACAAGGAAUCAGUCUAAUAAACUAUUGAAGUUCUUAAAAGUAAAAAAAAA